AUGGGUAUCAAGGGUCUCAAUGCUAUAAUAUCUGAGCAUGUCCCCACUGCAGUUCGUAAGAGUGAUAUAAAGAGUUUUUUCGGCCGUAAAGUUGCCAUUGAUGCUUCCAUGUCGCUGUACCAGUUUCUCAUCGCUGUGAGACAACAGGAUGGUGCCCAAUUGUCCACAGAGACAGGUGAAACCACUUCACACCUAAUGGGGAUCUUUUAUCGGACGCUUAGAAUGAUCGACAAUGGGAUUAAACCGUGCUACGUCUUCGAUGGUAAGCCUCCAGUGAUGAAGUCGCAUGAACUGGGCAAAAGAAGUUCUAGAAGAGAGGAAACUGAAAAGAAACUGGCAGAAGCCAUUGACCAGGCGGAAAAGAUGAAGCAAGAGAGAAGACUUGUAAGGGUCUCUAAAGAACAUAAUGAUGAGGCAAAGCAGCUUCUCGAACUAAUGGGGGUUCCAUACCUCACGGCUCCAACCGAGGCAGAAGCUCAAUGUGCCGAACUUGCAAAGAAGGGUAAAGUUUACGCUGCGGCCAGUGAAGAUAUGGAUACUUUGUGUUACAGGACUCCAUAUUUACUAAGACAUCUGACAUUCUCCGAGGCAAAGAAGGAACCAAUUCACGAGAUUGACACAGAGACUGUGCUGAACGGUCUGGGUCUCACCAUCGAGCAGUUCGUCGAUCUAGGGAUUAUGCUUGGUUGUGAUUACUGCGAAAGUAUCAGAGGUGUAGGUCCAGUAACGGCCUUGAAAUUGAUUAAGGAACAUGGUUCUUUAGAGAAGAUUAUCGAAUUUGUAGAGUCUGAUGAAUCUAAUAGUAAAUGGAAGAUACCAGAGGAUUGGCCUUACAAAGAGGCAAGAGAACUUUUCUUAAACCCUGAUGUCAUUGACGGUAACGAAGUAAAUUUGAAAUGGAGUCCACCAAAGGAAGAUGAAUUAAUCGAUUUCCUUUGUAAUCAGAAGAAGUUUAGUGAGGAAAGAGUUAGAUCUGGGAUUGUUAGAUUGAAGAAAGGGCUAAAAUCAGGCGUACAAGUGCGACUAGAUGGGUUCUUCCAAGUUGUCCCCAAGACUAAAGAACAGCUGGCAGCCGCAGCUGCCAAGGCCAAGGCUUCCAAGGCUAAUGGUAAGGGGAAAGGCAAAGUGAACAAGAGGAGGUAA